UUGAAUGUUUUGAAUUUGUAGUAGUUCUUCCACCACAGACUUUCUCACCACCACCACCACCUCCUCCUCCCCCUCCACCCCGCUGCACCCUCCCCCUGUCUGUUGAUAUCGCAGCCCGGAGAGGUUUGAAUCCAGUCGGCCGCCAUGCUGAGCUGAGAGAGACGGAGCGACACACUUAACUUUGUCACGCUCGCUGCCUCUGCUGCUGCUGCACCCAGACUCAUCUCCGUACAACACCGGGGACAAGGAGGAAAAACUUCCCCUCGUUUGGUGCUUUGACAUUCACCCCUGGGCCUCUCCCUCAACCAUUUCCAACUGUGUGAAGACGAGUGAAAAGAAGUUUUAAUGAAUCAGUAUUCGCUAGCCGACGCCAUGACCGACAACUUGAGGAUUUUAUAAUUCUCUCCGGAGGAAGAGCGUCGCAUCUUUUAAGGAGCCACAGAGGAAACUUCACUGUUCCGAAGUUAUCAGAGUCUAAUAUGGGAUUUGGCGUGCUGGGAGUUUUUUUGGGGCUGCUCCUGGAGGUCUCCACCCACGGACCCCACGCUGUGCCUCGGACCUCAUGGAGACACCAGGAUUUAGAUCUGAUGGAGUUUUCGGAGCCUGACAUCUUCAACUACACCACGUUGUUGUUGAGUGAGAAGAAGGAUGCACUGUAUGUGGGAGCCAGGGAGGCCAUCUUUGAGCUGAGCAGGAAGAAUGUGACAGUCAAAAACAACAAAGUUCAGUGGAAGGUUGCAGAAAACUCUAUGACGAUGUGCACGUUAAAAGGAAAAUCAAAAGAGAAAGACUGUUUAAACUACAUUCGAGUACUGCAAGUCGUUGACGAUGAGCGGCUAUAUGUCUGUGGCACACAUGCCUUUCAACCUCAGUGUAACUACUUGAACCUUGCGGACUUCUCGUUGGGGGAUCAACCUGAGGAUGGCAGAGGAAAGUGCUCCUUUGACCCCUCGCAAAGCUUUACUACUGUCAUGGUUGAUGGAGAGCUGUACUCAGGGACGGCUUAUAACUUCUUAGGCAGUGAACCGAUUAUUUCCAGAUACUCUCCAUCCCAGUCCCUGCUGAGGACAGAGUACUCCACAUCAUGGCUCAAUGAGCCCAGUUUCGUCUUUGCUGACGUGAUCAGAGAAGGGACGAACAGAGUAGACGGUGAGGACGAUAAAAUCUACUACUUCUUCACUGAGGUGUCAGUAGAGUACGAAUUCUUUGGCAAGCUGCUCAUCCCCAGGGUGGCGCGCGUCUGUAAGGGUGACCUCGGUGGGCAGCGCACUCUGCAGAAGAAGUGGACAUCCUUCCUGAAAGCCAAGCUGGUCUGCUCCAUGCCCGAGCUCAACUUUGUUUUCAAUGUAGUUCAUGAUGUCUUCAUUUUGAAGGGGACUGACUGGAGGGACACAGUCAUCUAUGGGGUCUUCACCUCCCAGUGGGGAAAUGUGGGUUUGUCAGCAGUGUGUGCCUACAACAUGACUGCUGUAGAAGAGGUGUUCUCCAAGGGGAAGUACAUGCAGAAGGCCACAGUGGAGCAGUCCCACACCAAGUGGGUCCGAUACAACGGCAUUACUCCGUCUCCACGUCCUGGAGCAUGUAUCAACAACCAGAUGCGAAAGCAGAACAUCAGCAGCUCUCUCCACCUGCCAGACAAGACCCUUCAGUUUGUUAAGGACCACCCCCUGCUGGAGGAUCCCGUCCUGCCCAUCGGAAACGGGCCUCGCCUCAUCACCAAAGACGUCAACUACACUCAAAUUGUUGUUGAGAGGGUCAGAGCGCUUGAUAAGAACAUUUAUGACGUCAUCUUCACUGGAACAGAUAAGGGAGUCCUGCACAAGUCUGUGGUGUUUGAAGGAGACGUGCACAUUGUGGAGGAGAUUCAGCUCCUGAAGAACUCAGAGUCCAUCAAGAACCUGCUGUUGUCCUCCGAGACUCGAUCUCUGUACGCUGGGUCAGACUCAGGUGUAGUCCAGUCACCCACAGCCUUCUGUGGCAGGUAUCUGUCCUGUGAUGACUGUGUCUUGGCUCGAGACCCGCACUGUGCCUGGGACCCUCACACUGGAGCCUGUGUCAAUAUCUUUGAUGUUCCCAGUCAGCGGCACAGGAGGCUGAUCCAGAGCAUGAAUGGUGACGCAGACAGGUGUCCUUCAGUGUCAGGCCGCUCUCUGAAGGAUUACCAGAGUGUGACCGUGAAACCAGGGAGCUCUGCUGAGCUGUCAUGCGUGGUUCAAUCCAACCUCGCCCAGGUGAUGUGGAAAUCCAAUGGCUCAGUCCUCACCGAGGCCUCUCGCUUCCACCUCAUCGGAGAAAGUGGUCUCCUGAUUUACAGCGUGGCUCCGGAGGAUCAAGGUCACUACGAGUGCUGGUCCGUGGAAUGGGCCCCCGCUGCUGGGAAGAACUUCACCCGCCUGCUGGCUGCUUACAUCCUGACUUUGGAUCUCCCGCCCAGACCCCCGCAGCAGGCAGGACACGUGACCACCGCCACCCUCGGCAGCCAGGACACCUCUAGCACACAUGCAGUUGAAGGUAAUAGUAAUACAGACAGAGCCCCACUAACUCCGGCCCUGGCCCCUCCCAGCUUCACAGCCGCAGUCCAACUCACCUCCCCACCCCAGACUGACUCAUCACUAACCCCACCACCCAGCAGCACAGUCAAGCUCCAGCCAAAGCCGCAUCUUCCCUCCACCUCCAAAGCUACCCACACAGAAAGCCAGGACCCAGCGGCUGAGUAUUUACAGCACAACAACAGCAUCGCCCUCCUCUUCCUCUUCCUACUGUUUUUCCUCCUCUUUCUGGCCGCGCUGGCGUACAACUGCUACAUGCAGUAUCUCCCGGCGCCCUGCCUGAGGCUGCGAGCUGCUCUGGUUGGCAGUCACAAGAGUGCCAGUCAGAAUGAGUACCGGGCCUGUGAGGCAGGUCUGAUGGAAGCAUCUGCAACAGAUAAAAUAAACAUGACCGAGCAACCCACGCAGAACGGCAGCAAAACCACUCAGAACGUGCGGGCGCUCCGUGACACCGGGUAUGAGACCGAGCCGGAGUGCGGCAAUGGUCAGAUCCCGUCUCACAGCUUUGGAGACGACAGCCCCUCUAAGGAGAAGCCCUUCGACGUGGACUGCGACUCUCAGUCCAUUCAGUUUGCUGAUGCAGAUGAACCUUGCUGCUAGCCAGAAGCUUCUGUUCUUGAGCAUUAAGACUGUUUUUUUUUUUUUUCAGGGGAUCACGCUCUUGCUGCAUCUUCUUUACAAGUCGAAGUAUUUUCCCGUACAGCAUCACAUGAAGUUUUAAUGAUUAUGAGGCUUAAGUCAGUCGCCUCACUGGCCUGUUAAGAUCUGACUCCUGUCUGAUUUAGGACUUGUGAUGAAGCAAAAAACUGUAGUCACGGAAGCUGCACCCUCCAGCAAGAAAAGCUAUGUCUUAAAUUCCAAAUUGGAAACAUAGUUUACCAAAUUGGUAAGUUACUGUGAUGUUUUCCAAAUUGGAGUCUUGUUUUUGUACAGACUGGAAGAGAAAUAAUCUCCUGAAGCUUUUUCCUUUCUUUUUUUUUUUUCUUCCUCUCUCUCGAAGCACCAUGUAGGCUAUGGUUGGACUUGGGUAAAUGCUUCGUUAUUCAGUAAUUUCUCAGGGAAGAUUUGCUCUGUGCAUCAUAGCCUGGCUUUGUUGUACAGUGUUGCCAUCUGCAGCGCCUGGUAUGUGGGCCCUUAAUCUCACCCAGUGUUUGAAGGUUGGAAAGAAAAAGUGGACAAGGCACAACUUGUGUGUUACAAAAAUGCUGGAUCGAUUCAAACCACCGUCUCGUGAAACGUCGUCACGGGUUUGUCUGUGUCUUUUGUUUUUUUUUGCUCCCUGUGAAGUUGACAUUCCUUCACGGUCCUGUGUAUUAACCUACUAGUCUGUUAAUAACUGAAAUGUGUUCAGUACGACAUGAUGCUUGAUAUCAAUCGUCACUUAAGCCCUGGAAACAAUCUGAAGUUUUUUUUUGUUUUUUUGUAAUUAUUUUUAAUUAAACCUUCUGUUUUAGAGAAUUAUAAUUUAAAAUGAUUCACAUCUGUGGUAUUAUCAUUUUGUCUAUGGUGUAAGUAGUUUUGAUCUUCUUUACUUUUUAUUUUAUUUAUUGCAGCUGAUUUUUUAAAAUUUUUUUUAUUUUCGUUCCAAGCUCUCACUCGUUAGUCUCCCUGCUGCAUGUCAACCCCCUGCAUUAGACUUUCAUGUUUUCCUCAAUACUCUCUCUUUCUCAUCACUGCCUCCAUCACAGCUUCCUCUCCUGUCGACACUUCAUCUUCCCCGUCCUCUGGAAGUAGCACUCCCUCUGCCUUCCCUUCCUCCUCUUCCUCUUCUUCCUCCUCUUCUUCCACCUCCUCCUCCACUUCCACCAAGCCCCACAAUGUGGAGAACCAGG